AUGCCUCGAGACUCCCAGCUAUCGUAUCUUCAUCUCCAGCACUCCCACCAUGUUCUCUACAUGACUGAGUGGGCCAAGGACACCAUCCCCUACGACGACGUCGACAUCAGCGACUCCUAUCUCACCAACCAGCUCUUCUCCAGCGCCAACGACGCCCACGACACCCUUCCUGACUCCAACAACGACGCCCACGACGACGACGAGCUCUACAACGCCAACUUCAACAGCCAGUUCUUGAAGAACCAGGUUUUCGGCAGCUCCAACUCCAUCCACAACAGCAGAAAGCGCAACAGACGCCUCUGGAAGGAUUUGGAUCUCCAGCGCUUUGUUGCGAUCAACAACACCUCCACCACCUCCACCAAGGCCAUCGCAGGCACUUCCAAUGCCACUGGCGCCAACAACAGCAACAGCAACAGCGACAACAACACCUCCAACAACCCCAACAUCGAUCCUUCCAUUGGCCUUUCCAUAGCUGGUUUCAACAACUUCAACGCUGAUUACGACGAGUUCGUUCACUUGCCUUACAACGACGACAAUUUAUCUGAUUUCAAUGCUGCCAAUUUGAGAGUUGUUACAUUCGACCAUACAAUCUUGGACAGAUUCACUCCCGCCAUCGACAACGACGACACAAUCAUCGAAAACAACGAGAGCAGCAUCAACCUCAACAACGUCGACAGCCAUAUCCACACUCUUCGCAACUUCAAUCGAAAUCUAAACCCCAACCUUAAUUUGAAUGAUAUCGACACUGAUACUGAUCUCGACAGCAAUCUCAAUAACGACAUUCUCGACUCGAGUCCCUUGGCUGGUUCUCCAUGA